CCAACAUAUAUCAUCAUUCUGUUGGCCAACACCCUCCACUACACAGCAAGGCAAGACUCAGUCAUCUCAAGAAAAACGGAAACAUACCACCAGAAUGGCGCGAAUCUUCAUCACAGGAUCAUCCGACGGCCUCGGCGCAGUCGCCGCCCGGACGCUGCUCAAGAGAGGCCACCAGGUCGUCCUCCACGCACGCAACGCUCAGCGCGCCGAGGACGCAAAGGCGGCCGUCCCCGGCGCCGAGGGCGUCCUCGUCGGCGACCUCUCCCGGUUCGACGAGACCAAGAAGCUCGCCGAGGAGGCCAACAAGCUGGGCACAUUCGACGUCGUCAUCCACAACGCGGGCCUCUACCGCGGCCCUUACCGCAAGACGGACCUGGGCCUCCCGAGCCUGACGGCCGUCAACGUCUUCGCGCCGUACCUGCUGACGGCCCUCAUCAACAAGCCCAAGAGAGUCGUCUACAUCUCGUCGGGCCUGCACCGGAACGGCGACACCAGCUUCGCCGACCCGACAUGGCGCGAGCGCGGCGAGGCGGGCUUUAACCAGGACCAGGCGUACUGCGACUCCAAGCUGCUCAUCACGACCUUUGCCAACGCCGUCGCCCGCCUGUGGCCGGACGUCAAGAGCAACUCGGUCGACCCGGGCUGGGUGCCGACCAAGAUGGGCGGGCAGAGCGCGACGGGGCUGGCGGACGACGGCGUCGCGACCUACGUCUUGCUGGCCGAGGGAACGGGGGCGGGAGACGUCACCGGCAAGUACUUCAAGCCGCCGGGCCAGGAGGACAGCCCUGUUCCGAUCACGGAGGAUAAGGAGAGGCAGGAUCAGCUCGUGAAGUUGCUGGAGCAGGAGACUGGUGUCAAGCUGCCUUCGACAUAACCAGAGCCGGUACUUUAUAUACAGUCAAUGGGAAAUUAAAAAUAUCUUGAGUCGAGCGUUACGACCUAGGGGAGACAGUUAGACUUUCCAGGACCGUUGGAGGUUCGCAGCUCGUGCGAGCAAAGGGCUUCAUUCUUGAGUGUUUUAGUGGCACAAAUUUGAAUGCUAGCCAGCAGUACAGAUACUCAAGCUACUUUCUCGUGUCUCCCAGUUGAUCAAAACGUCCUGUAGGCCUUUGUCUCAGUGAUAGCAAGAGACACACGUUGGGGCCCCAGGGCCCCAAAGCGCUGCUGGCGAUUGCCUGGACCAAGGCCUCGAAUUUACAGCCGAGGGACCAAAACCCUUUAUUUCUUGGGUGACUAACAAGCAAACCAAAAAGCCACCGUUGCCUUUGAGGUAGUU